AUGACCUCCGCAUCGGCAUCACCGCCUUGCGGUAUGAAAAAUUUUGUUGUUGGCCUGAUUGGCAUGGGCGACAUGGGGAAGAUGUAUGCUGACAGGUUAUCUGCAGCAGGAUGGAGGAUCUUGGCUUGCGAUAGAGAAGAUAGAUAUGAUAGCCUCAAAGUACAAUAUGCUGGAAAAAGUAACAUAGAGAUAUGCCGAAACGGCCAUUAUGUUUCGCGAGCCAGCGACUACAUCAUAUACAGCGUCGAAGCUGCCAUAAUCGAUCGUGUAAUUGCCCAAUUUGGACCUUCAACGAAAAUGGGCUCCAUUGUUGGUGGUCAAACGUCUUGUAAAUGGCCCGAAAUUCAAGCUUUCGAAAAUCACCUUCCCCCCGACGUGCACAUUAUCUCAUGCCACUCGCUUCAUGGUCCGGGUGUCGAUACACACAACCAACCCUUGGUCCUCAUUCAACAUCGCGCUCCGGAUGAGGCCAUGCGAAAGGUGGAGACAGUCUUGGGCUGUCUGCGGUCGAAUUACGUAUAUUUGACCGCAGAAGAACACGACCGGAUCACUGCCGAUACUCAGGCAGUAACGCAUGCUGCGUUUCUAUCCAUGGGCAAAGCCUGGCACGCAAACAGUCAAUUCCCGUGGGAAUUAAACCGGUAUGUGGGUGGCAUUGAGAAUGUCAAGAUCAACACUAUGCUCCGAAUCUAUAGCCAGAAGUGGCACGUAUACGCCGGGCUAGCAAUCCUGAAUCCCGAAGCCAGGAAGCAGGUGGCGCAAUACGCGAAGAGUGUCACUGCCUUGUACAAAUUAAUGCUCGAGGGUGACUUGGAAGGUCUCCGUAACAGAAUAUACAGUGCAAGAGACAAGGUGUUUGGGCAAGCUCCGAACAGGGCUUCGCGUCCUCUCAUCGAGCCCUCCAUUUUGUCUUCCUUUUCUUUGGGAAAGCCUACAGAUGGCCCACCUAGGCCUAAUAACCAUCUCAGUCUUCUUGCCAUGGUUGAUUGCUGGGCUGCCCUGAGUAUUGUGCCAUAUGACCACAUGCUGUGUAGCACGCCACUCUUCAGAUUGCGGCUGGGUGUGACGGAACACCUAUUCCGCGAUACCGUCUUGUUAGACGAUACGUUGCGGACAGCUGUCGAUGACAAGACGUACCGAAGCGACGACCUCGAGUUCACGUUUGCAGCACGAGGCUGGGCAGAAUGCGUCACCCUGCGCCAUUUCGAGACUUGGGAGAAGCGUUUUGUGAGUACGCAAGAAUUUUUUAAACCUCGUUUCGCCGAAGCAAAGAUUAUAGGUGAUCGGAUGAUGAAGCGGGUGCUUGAGGCGCGUGAAGAUGGAGGCUGA